AUGGAAGCAGCAGUGUUUCAAGGGCACCACAACUUUCGAGAACGGGUGGUGAUGGCCACCCUUCACGGUCGUCCCAUCAAAAUCACCAAGAUCCGGUCCACCGACCUUAACCCGGGGCUUCGCGACCACGAAGUUUCGUUCCUUCGAUUGAUUGAAGCCGUCACCAAUGGGCUGAAGAUCGAGAUUUCCUAUACCGGUACUACCGUCAUCUACCAUCCGGGGAUCAUCGUUGGCGGUCAGCUAAAACACCAGUGUCCUAGUGGCACCACCGUCGGCUACUACGUCGAAGGGAUGCUCUAUUUGGCCCCCUUCUCUAAAAAUAAGUUCAGCAUUGUCUUUACGGGGAUCUCCAACUCGAGUCUGGGUCCCGGCAUUGAUGCCAUUAAGUGGGGGAUGCUCCCGAUGAUGGAAAAGUUUGGCGUCCGAGACAUCGCCAUCCACAUCCUUAAACGCGGGCUGGCGCCGCAGGGAGGAGCUGAGGUUCAUUUGGUGUGCAAUACCUUGCUUAAAUUACCGUUGACAUUACACAUAACUGAGCCGCCGAAGUUUUCCGCCAUCAGAGGGGUGGCGUACUCGACGAGAGUGCUGCCGCUGAUGGUCAACCGGAUGAUCGACGCCGCCAGAAACGUGUUGCGGCCAACUGGGGUUGACGUGAACAUCACUGCCGAUGUGUGGCGAGGGGAACAUGCCGGUUUGCUGCCGGGGUGGGGGAUGACGUUGGUGGCUGAGCUGAAGAAAGGAUGGCGGCUCACGCUGGAAAACGUGGGUACCGCGGGGCUGUUACCCGAGGAUUUAGGCGAGAAGCUGGCGUUAGAAUUGUUGUAUCGCCUUCAACAUAACGCCGUGGUGGCGGGGGACCAGGUGCCGUUGACAUUCAUCUUCAUGUGUCUCGGGUCCGCCGACAUCGGGCGGCUCGUGUUGCACCGUGACCAAAUCGACGAACGGCUAGUACUUCUUUUACGCGACAUUAAGGAAGUGUUCGAUAUCGAGGUCGUGUUUAAGGAUGAAGGGGAAACAAUGAUGGCGAUGGUUAAAGGUCGGGGUGACACCAGUGCGGCUAAAAAGAUCCAAGGGUUCUAG